UCUCCGAACACAAUCGAACACAAUGUAUUAUGUACAUAAUGUACAUAUAGUCGGACAUUAGAUCAGAAUCGGAAUAGUAUUUUCUUCAUUAAAAUCAUUUUCAAUUCUUUCUUUAAAUUUUCCAUUUAUUUUCUAGAACAGUCUCUUCCAUAGCGUUUCAGUAUCAUGUCUAACGCAACUUCCAUAACACUUAAACCUUCUACAAGCAAUAAGUUUUCAUCAUUAAAGCGUCCAACUCAUGAGAUUCUUCGCAGAUUAUUAGUUCAUUCUGAUGGCCGUGAUAAAUUUCUAAAAAUUAUUCAAUAUUUUGGAAAAAUUAUUCUUUGGACUCAUAUUGGUAAAAAUAAAUCAAAAUAUCCUAAACUCUAUCCUCGUUUAAUCGCGAUGACUUCACAAUUCUCCAAUACUCGCAAAAUAAUUCGUUUAGCACAUUUUCUUGAGCCAUAUUCUGAUUUAAAUGAUUAUGUAACAGGAGCACGUAAUCCAUCUUCUAUUGUUCGUCCUUAUGAAAAAUUUGUUUAUUAUUUGGGUUUUAUUAAUUCCAUUACUAGUAUAUUGAACGAUUUCUUUGAUGAUUUAUAUUGUCUUGGUAAAGUUGGAAUAUUAGACAAAUCUGUAGCCAAAAGAGCUGAACCUAUUGCUAUUAAAUUAUGGUUUCUAAACAUUAUAAUGGAUAUUCAUGAAGUUAUAUUUAGAAUUUGGUAUUUAAAUGAACAAACUAAAAAAUCAAAAGGAAAAUUGUCAGAAAAUGAUAUAGAAAAGUUGAAAGAUAAAAAGUAUUGGUUAUAUGCUAGUUUAGUUAAGCUUUCUAUGGAUUUUAGUUUUUGUGGAUAUGAUCUAUUUGAAUGUACUUUUUCUGAUGGAGUACAAGCUGUAACGGGUUUUGUAGCGGGAAUGUUGAGUAGGUAUCAAUUCUCGCAUCUUUGGAGUUAACACAACUUUAAUUUAACAAUCGUUUUAUUUUUCAUUUAAUCUAGGUUUCCGUAAACUCUGGGUGAAAGAGGCAUAUAUAAUUUGAAAAACGAUUAUUUAUUAAUUAUCAUUUUUAUAGAAAAUUUCUUAAAAAGAACAAUAUAUUUAAAUUUAUUCAACAAACAAAUUUAUUUAUUUAUUUUAAUAAAAACAUAGACAUUAAUUACGAAUCUGAUGUAUUGGUGUUAUACUAGUUUGAUGACUCUAUACAGUACAAC